AUGGAAAAAAAGCGAUUGAAAGAGAUGGAAACACUUGAAGAAAAAAGAGCCAGGCGAUUGGCAAAAAAAAAGCGAAAAGAAGAAAAACGAAUGAUGGAAGAAAGCACUUUACCGCAAGAAGUGAAAUAUACAAAUAACAAUAAUCCUUUUAAUGAUCCAAACUUGACAUCCACUUUUGUAUGGCAUAAAAAGUUGUCUGCUGAAGGACUUGAUCAUUUAUCGAUGAGUGAAAUAAUCAAGAUGUUGUUCACGAAUCGAGAACGAGCGCGAAAAAAUUUAGUGGAAGUAGAGGAAUUAAAAAGAAAUCGUGAAGCUAGAGAAAGUGCGAAAGAAGAUUUGGAAAUGAUAAAAAGAGAUGAAGAAAAGAGAAUGUAUUCAAACUGGGAAGAUGUUGAAGGAGAGUUUCAUUUGAAACAGGCAAGGCUGCGUUCUCAAAUUCGUUUUAAAGAAGGUCGUGGGAAGCCAAUAGAUUUCCUAGCCAGAUAUAUAGCACAAGAUAGUUCCGCAGAGGCUGAAGAUGAGGAUACAAAUUACGAUCUGAAAGAUCCCUUAAGUUUGGUGAAAGGGUUGAAAAUCCGUGAUUAUGAGGAUCUUCUUGAAGAUAUAAAAGUAUAUCGCCGAAUAGAUCCUGAAAAAAAUGCUUCAUGGUGGACUGAUAUAUAUACGAUUGUUAACGAUGAAUUGAAGAAGUUAGUCGAUGAUGUCAGAACAACGAAUUCUAGGGAAUCUGUUCAUAAUUCAGUCCAAAAAGAUGUUAUUAAAAUUUUCAAGGAUAAGAAACUUGCUGAACUGUCAACGCUGGAAACUCAAAUUAAACGAAAAAUUUAUGGGGGCCAACAAGGUGUUGAUAUCGCAUAUUGGGAAAAUCUUCUCCAAUAUUUGUAUGUUUUUAUGGCUAAAGCGCAUAUAAAAAUUCGUCAUAAAGAGAUUAUGGAAAAGAAAUUGAAUAAAAUAAAAAGCGAACAAGUUGCGGAAAUGGAUAAACAUGAAGAAAUUCAUCAUGAUAAACAAAAAAACGCGAAAGGUGGUAAAAAAUUGGCUAUAAAGCCAUCCACAAGUAAAGCAGUACUGAAUUUACCGUUCACGCUUGAGGAAUUAGAUGGUUUUGAUGCAGAAAUUCAGGAGCAAAAGUGGAGAAUGCUAACAGAAGAAGAAUUGGAACAGUUUACUCUACAGAUGUACGAAAAGGGUUUGUACAGCCCGCCAUAUUUUGAUGAAAAACAAACAAUGCCUGGAAUUGAAAUUUUGGAUGAAGACGAAGAUUUGAAAAAACGAAAUGAUAUGAUGGAGGAAGCUGAUCGAGAAAACAUUUCUUCCAAUACUGCGGAAUUAUCGUUACUUGAACAAGAAAUGGAAAGAGAAGCUCGCAAGGGAAUGGGAACGGAUGAAGCUUCGUUUGCGGUAGAAACACCAUUAGAAGCUCAAACAUUUCUAUGGUCUGAGAAAUAUCGACCUAGGAAACCAAGGUAUUUCAAUCGUGUUCACACUGGUUUUGAAUGGAACAAAUAUAAUCAAACUCAUUAUGACAUGGAUAAUCCACCACCAAAGAUCGUUCAAGGAUAUCGAUUUAAUAUUUUCUAUCCCGAUCUUUUGGAUACAAAUCAGACUCCAACUUUUACUAUUACACCUUGUGAUGAUCCCGAUUUCGCAAUCCUAAGGUUUCACGCUGGGCCGCCGUAUGAAGAUAUUGCUUUCAAAUGUGUAAAUAGGGAAUGGGAAAUAAGUCAUAAGCAUGGAUAUAAGUGCCAAUUUGCCAAGGGUAUUUUUCAGUUAUGGUUUUUCUUCAAGAGGUACAGAUAUAGACGUUGA